CAGAAAUCAAAGUAGACAGACCACUUAAUGUAUCCCAACAUCAGUUCUACAUUUACAGUGCUGUCCACAUUUCAGCGAUAUCAUUUGCUUGUCCCUAGAAAACCCAUGGAGCAUGGGAGGGCAAGUUUGGACAGGUACAAAGUAAUGUGAAGACAAAGAAGUGACCCAUGGCACUCAAAAGGUGUUUCUUCUUGACUACUGAGCCUUGGUCGCUUAUACUUAUCUUAUUUUCUAUGCAACAUGCAUAUGGGAGUGGAAAGAAGUCUAUUGGUCCUUGCGGAGGAAGAGACUGCUCUGUUUGCCAGUGCUUUCCCGAAAAGGGGUCUCGGGGGCAUCCAGGACCGUCAGGACCACAGGGUCCUAUUGGACCUUUGGGAGAGCCAGGACCCAUUGGGAUUCCAGGAGAGAAAGGGAGGAGAGGUGACAGUGGGCCUCCAGGAGUGGCAGGAGACAAAGGAGACAAGGGUCCGACUGGAGUUCCUGGAUUUCCAGGUCUGGAUGGCAUACCUGGACACCCAGGGCCUCCAGGACCCAGAGGCAAACCGGGCUUGAAUGGCUACAAUGGCUCAAGAGGUGACCCAGGAUUACCAGGAGAGAGAGGAACUCCUGGCCAGCGAGGCCCCCCGGGCUUCCCUGGGGAAAAUGGAGAGAAAGGAAACUCAGUGUUCAUUUCAGGUGCUAUUAAAGGUAUUCAGGGAGACAGAGGGCUCCCAGGACCCCCUGGCUUACCGGGGCCGAGAGGUGCAAGAGGACCAGCUGGCCCUGUGGGCUACCCAGGAGAGACAGGGUUCCCAGGACCUUCUGGCCACCCUGGAAGCCCAGGCUUAAAGGGCGAUCCUGCUGUGGGAGUGAAAGGGCAGAUGGGAGACUCGGGUGAGGUCGGCCUGCAAGGUUCUCCCGGACCCACCCUGCUGGUCCAGCCCCCGGAUUAUUGUCUCUAUAAAGGAGAAAAGGGUGUCAAAGGACUGCCUGGAAUGACUGGACCCCCAGGACCACCAGGACCCAAGGGGCUACCUGGAACUGGUUCCAAAGGAGAGAAAGGAAUUCCUGGGUUCCCAGGCCCUCGGGGUGCCCAGGGUUCCUAUGGACUUCCUGGCUUUCCAGGACUAAAGGGAAAACUGGGACAGACUGGAGCUCCUGGGUCACUUGGAUUUCUGGGCCCAAAGGGGGACCUUGGUGACCGAGGGCACCCAGGACCACCAGGGACUUUGCCAACUCCAUCACUUGCACUCAAAGGCCCUCCAGGGGAUCCGGGGCCCCCUGGCAGGCGUGGAGAAACAGGAGCUAUGGGGUCACCUGGUCCCCCAGGCCCCCCAGGUAGACCUGGGCAAACGUGUGCAGGCACCAUGGGACCUCCUGGACCACAAGGUGUUCCUGGUCAUCCAGGACCUCCAGGAGUGGCUGGGACUCCUGCAAGGGCUGAUUCUGCUCCAGGGAAACCAGGCAACCCAGGACCCCCUGGGCCACCUGGAGCACCGGGUCUGCAGGGACUGCCAGGAUCAAAUGUUAUAUAUUGUACAAUUGGGCACCGUGGACCACAAGGAGCUAAAGGCAAAAUGGGGCCUCCAGGAAGAAGAGGCUUAAAAGGAGAAAAGGGAAAUGAAGGGCUCUGUGACUGUGAGCCUGGUCCCAAGGGCCCACCAGGCCCACCUGGACUUCCUGGGAGGCAGGGUACAAAGGGAGACCUUGGAUUCCCUGGAUGGCUUGGAGCAAAAGGUGACCAGGGUCCUCCUGGUGCUGAAGGACUUCCAGGGCCACCAGGAAAGCCUGGUGCCUCAGGAUCCCCUGGAAACAAAGGAGAAAAGGGUGACAUGGUUGUAUCAAGAGUUAAAGGGUACAAAGGAAUAAAAGGUCCCGAUGGGCCCCCAGGAUUUCCAGGGCAUCGAGGACAACAUGGUCAAGAUGGACGUGAUGGAGAAAAAGGGGACCCAGGACUCCCAGGAGACCAUGAGGAUGCAGUGCCAGGAGACAGAGGGCUUCCUGGGCUCCCAGGCCCCCCUGGCCGAAAAGGACCUAUGGGCCCUCCUGGACUGGGUUCUCCUGGUCCUCCAGGAGAGAGAGGACCACCAGGAACUCCGGGUCACCGAGGCAAGAGAGGCCCUGCUGGCUUGAAGGGUCCCAAAGGUGAUAUAAUCCCAUGUAACGUCACCUAUCCUGGAAGGCCAGGACCACCAGGUCUUGAUGGACCCCCAGGUUUGAAAGGAUUUCCUGGCCCUCCUGGCACUCCUGGUCCAAGGUGUUUUGAUGGACAGAAAGGUCAGCAGGGCAAACGAGAACUCUCAGGAAUCCCUGGUCCUCCUGGAUUUCAAGGUGAGCCGGGAGAUCCAGGUUUAGGAGGUGAAAGGGGGUCUUCUCCUAGGGGACCCCCAGGCCCUCCUGGCUUACCUGGAGCACAUGGUCGGAAAGGAAUACCUGGGGACCCCGUAUAUGGUCACCCAGGGCCCCCUGGAAAGAGGGGUCUCUCUGGAGAGCCGGGACCGAAAGGACUCAGAGGAGGGCCAGGAUGCCCGGGUUCUGCAGGACCAGCUGGCAACCCUGGACCUCCAGGUCUCAAAGGUCCUAAAGGCAGAGAGGGGAGUGCUGGGUUUCCAGGCCCCCCUGGUGAACCUGGAUGCUACUGUGAAAAGGGACUUCCGGGAAGACCGGGCUCCCCAGGACUGCCGGGGGCUCCAGGCAGCCCAGGUACCCCAGGUUGGAAAGGAGAUCAGGGGGAUAGGGGCCCCCCUGGACCAACUGGGAUGAAGGGUCUUCCUGGUGUCCAGGGACAACCAGGGGCAGAUGGGCCCCAAGGGCCCUCUGGAAUUCCAGGCUCCUUUGGAAAUGAUGGACUACCUGGUCUUCCAGGCGCAAAAGGCCCCCGAGGGUUGCCUGGCUUCCCAGGUUUCCCAGGAGAGAGAGGGAAACCUGGUUCCAGAGGAUAUCCUGGCAGGAAAGGAGAAGCUGGAGAGAAGGGUUGUCCUGGCUUCCUGGGAGACCCUGGAGACACAGGUGACAAAGGAGCUCAAGGACUCCGUGGAGAGGAAGGAGAAAUGGCUAUUAUUUCCAGAAAGGGGAAGCCUGGAGAACCUGGCCCCUCAGGAGAUGAUGGAUUCCCAGGAGCAGAAGGUGAUAAAGGGGACCCCGGGAUACCAGGGAGAAGAGGAGAGCCAGGAAGAUCCGGACCCCCUGGAAUUCAUAAAGGGGAACCCGGCAGAAAGGGGCAGCCGGGUCUUUCUGGACCCCCAGGCCCUCCAGGCCCACCUGGGCUGAGAGGGAUCAUUGGGUUCCCAGGAUUCCCAGGUGACCAGGGUAAGCCGGGUUCUUCAGGCCCCCCUGGACUUCCAGGAGUCAAUGGAACAAGGGGACCAAAAGGAAGCAAAGGUGACCCAGCAAGUCAUUUCGGACCCCCUGGUCCAAAGGGGGAGCCAGGUGGCCCUGGAUGCCCAGGACCUCCUGGAGCCCCUGGAGAUCAGGGCUUGCCUGGGGCUCCGGGACUUCAAGGACCACCCGGAAGACCAGGACCACCUGGCUCCUUUGGACCACCAGGGUGCCCAGGUUACAGAGGGAUGCCUGGACAGCAGGGCCACCCAGGAGAAAUGGGGGACCCCGGGCCAAGAGGUCUCAUGGGGGAGCCAGGUGCACCGGGUCUUCCUGGACUAAAAGGUUCCUCCGGGCUGCCCGGCCUGAAUGGCUUGCAUGGUUUGAAGGGUCAGAAAGGAACCAAAGGCGCUGCAGGUUUGCAUGAAAUGGGCCCACCAGGCCCAGUGGGGCACCCUGGGCCAAAAGGAAAGCCAGGAGACCCCGGAAGACCUGGAUUCUCUCCUCCAGGCCUUUCUGGAGAAAAAGGUCCCCCAGGCCCCCCAGGGUGGCGUGGACCUCCUGGUCCUGCAGGUACCAGAGGAAGGGCUCCUAAAGGUGAAAUCCCUGACCCGGGUCUACCUGGAGACCAGGGACCUCCUGGCCCUGAUGGUCCAAGAGGAUUACCUGGGCCCCCAGGACCCCCGGGAAGUGUUGACUUGCUGAAAGGGGAGCCAGGUGACUGCGGUCUCCCAGGACUACCAGGUCCCCCAGGCCCACGUGGACCCCCAGGACAUAAAGGCUUACCGGGAUGUGAUGGAAAAGAUGGCCAGAAAGGACCAAUGGGAUUCCCAGGGCCACAGGGGCCUCCUGGACUCCCAGGAGCACCUGGAGAGGCAGGUCUACCUGGACCCCCAGGUCCACGAGGACCCACUGGUCCUCCAGGUGAACCCGGACCACCUCCAGAUCUGGAUGCCUGCCCAAGAAUCCCGGGCCUUCCUGGGGUGCCAGGUCCAAGAGGACCAGAAGGAGCUAUGGGGAUUCCGGGAAUAAGAGGCCCCCCAGGGGCAGGCUGCAAAGGAGAGCCUGGGCCAGAUGGCAGGAGAGGUGAGGAUGGCAUCCCCGGGCCUCCAGGGCCUCCAGGACACAGAGGAGACCCGGGAGAAGCCGGGUGCCCUGGAUCUCCAGGACCUCCUGGACCCACUGGAGAUCCCGGCCCCAAAGGGGUCAGUCCUGGCUACCUCAGUGGCUUCCUCCUGGUUCUGCACAGUCAAACGGCCGGAGAGCCCACCUGCCCCACGGGCAUGGCCACACUCUGGACAGGGUACAGUCUGCUGUACCUGGAAGGGCAGGAGAAGGCUCACAAUCAAGACCUGGGUCUGGCAGGCUCGUGCCUCCCCGUGUUCAGCACGCUGCCCUUUGCCUACUGCAACAUCCACCAGGUGUGCCACUACGCCCAGAGAAACGACCGGUCCUACUGGCUGGCAAGCGCGGCACCGCUGCCCAUGGCGCCGCUGUUGGAGGAGGAGAUCCGACCCUACGUGAGCCGCUGUGCGGUGUGUGAGGCCCCGGCGCCCGCGGUGGCCGUGCACAGCCAGGACCAGUCCAUCCCCCCGUGCCCUCGAGCCUGGAGAAGCCUCUGGAUUGGCUACUCCUUCCUGAUGCACACAGGAGCAGGGGAUCAGGGCGGAGGGCAGGCCCUCAUGUCGCCGGGAAGCUGUCUGGAGGACUUCCGGGCGGCCCCCUUCCUCGAAUGCCAAGGUAGGCAGGGCACGUGCCACUUCUUCACCAACGAGUACAGCUUCUGGCUGACCACAGUGCCACCAGACACACAGUUUUCCUCGCCACCAUCGCCAGACACCUUGAAAGACAGCCAGGCCCAGCGCCAGAAGGUCAGCAGGUGCCAGGUGUGCAUGAGGUCCAGCUAGAGACUUUGAGGAGGGUCCUCCUGGCCCCUGGAAGGAAGUGAGUGUCCUGCAGGCCAAGGUGUCCCAGGCUGUGUGGAGAGAGUUCAUGGUGCUCAGCUGAGACUCCGGUUUUCAAAUGUGCCGCCUUCACGGUGCUAUAACUCCUGCCUCUGUUCUGGACAAGUUAAGCAAAUGUUCCGUGUGCAGGUUCAGGUGAAGCCCCAAAACUCCUUAUUCCCCCAGGGUGAUCUGGAAGUGCUGCCUUUCUUUAUCCAAAUGCUAAUUCACAGGGCAAAGGUCAGCUUAUAAAGCACCACGAAGAACUCCACUCCUUGGAUGAAGUCUUCUCUCCAACAAUUGAAGUCAAUUACUCUGUGAUACAAUGUGGGCUUCUAGCUGGGGCAAAAAUAGGUUGACCAGUGAAAAUAGAGAGAUUUUCGACAUGUCAAAAUGAUUUCCCCUGUAAUCUAGCUUUCACAUGCUUUAUAUAAUUGCAUAGCCAUGACCCAAAGUGAUUUAACACACACACACACACACACACACACACACACACACACACACACACACACACACACACACACACGGCAUUCACCGUUCCUUUCAAAACAGAAUGAAUGACGGGGCAGGCUGGCCUUCUGGAUUCCAGAGACGUUACAUUAGCAUAAAUGCAUCACAGACAAACAGAAAACGUUCUGUUCUCUUUUUCAGAGAACAGAAAUGCCUACUUUGGCAACUCCUUGGAAAAAAGUAGCAAUUAUAGAGGAGAAAAUAUAUAUCUAUAUUCUGGGAGGGAUUAAGAGCCUAGGAGCUAUUAAUGAAUAUUAAGGCAGUGAUUCACCAAAAUUGACUCCCCGUGACAGUGAACUCACACACAGUCCAUUUCUGCCCAGUCGGGGUCCAGCCAGGCUUGGGGGCUGGAACCACCGGGGGCUGUUUGAUGUGGGCGAGGGGAGCCCACAUUCAUAAAAAGCCUCUCCUGCCCCUCCCCAAAAGCACCCGCAAAGCCCGAAAGACCAUUUUCCCUCCACUCACAUAAUGGCAUGUCACACAGAAGAGUAACAGAGAGCUAUCAUUAUGCACUUGGGAGAAAAUUAAGGGCCGACUUAAUUAAACUUUGGUAAGAAGAUACAUUGAUGUCCAGGUCACACACACACACACACACACACACACACACACACACACACACACACACACCCCUUCCCAGAAUGACAUGGUGCUGUCUUGAAACAGAACAAAAGCAACCUACAAUUUGAACCUUCCUGCUACUGGGUUUAUCUAGGCGUGUGCUUUUUUUUUUUUUUUUUUUUUUUUGGUAGUUUCUGGCAUUUGAUACUGAAAUUCUACUCAGGUAGCAUUCUACCUUUGUUUGGCGUUAAUAUUUGCUACAAAAGUUCCUCUGAUGAUAUGUCAGUUUAUAAUGGCAUACUUCCUUAACAUUGAAGGCAUCUAUAAUGACUUAUCUUCUAAAUGUGAAGUAUUUCUGAAGACCGAGGGAUACAUGCCUAUUUGACCAGGGGUUCAGUGAUGUAGAAACUCAAGGGAUGGUUGAAAAUGAGUUUCCAGGAAAAUUGCCUUCCUCGUGUUCACAAAUGUCACCUUAGAAAAAUGGAAGAAAUUUCUGGAGAAUGACACUCAUUCUGGUGCUUAGUCUCAAUGUCCUUAAAAGUAAUCAAGAGAAGUCUCGAUGAAAACUUUGCUUGUUAGAAUUGUUUUCCUUGCCGACCACAUGGUAAGCCCUGUGCUCUGCCCUGCAGAGUGUAUUUCAAACAAGUCCGCUUAUGAGCUGCCCCUCCCAUUAAUUUCAAGAAUGUUUUCAAGAAAAGAGGAAAACGUAUGUUUUAAGAGAAAACGUUUUAUUGUUGUACCAGAAUAUUUCCUAGUUUGGCCCAUUUGUUAAAUUAUUAUUAUUAUUUAGCCAGGCUGUGGCAUUUUAUGUAUCUUUAAGCUCCUGAAAUGUAAGCCCACCGUCUUUGUCAUGACUCAUUCUUGUUCCUAAAUGCUUUCUCACUUGUAACCUACAUGCAAACCUUCUAAGAAUCCAUCUUGUUCCUUUGUGCACUUGUUCUCAGAGCCUGUUCUGCUAAGAGCGGAAGCUGUCAAUGGAACAUAAAGCUCAUAGCUUCCUUGCUAAAGUGCUUUACACAAGAUAACUCUGGGAUUAGAAUAUUAUCUUAAUAAGCUUGUCAGUUUUUUUUUUUAAGAGGCUGAAUUAAGUGGGCAAUUUGCCCCAUGGUGAGUGUAGGGUGGAGAAUAAGAAUGACAGUUCAGGAAUCUCACUUUUCCAGAAGCACUCUCUGAAAGUGCAGCUCAUAGGAGCUUUUGGUUUCAAAAAGGCACUUGGGAUGAACUUAAGGGCAAAGCAAUGGAAGCAUUACUUUCUGAAAUAGAAGACUAUGUGAUUUUAAGUCAUUAUGUCAUAUCUAUCUAUAUCUAUCAUCUUUAUACAUACAUAUAUACUGAUAUAUAUAUAUAUAUUACACUCUGCGAUGUCUCCACUCUAUGGUGGAUGGACAAAGCUUCAGUAUUUUUUUCCUACCCCCUUGUUGUUAAUUAUCCUUAUCAAAAUCUUCCCAAGAGCCCCUCCACCCAGAAGUAGGGCUAGAUUGCAUCUAGACUAUCCAAUCGAGUUUGCUGUGGCUUAUGUGUUAUUUCCUCCUGAGUCCUCAUUCUCUGAGCCAAGCCCCCACAUAUGUGAGUCUCCAGGUCUUCAUACUCUGAGGCAUGGCCCACCCCUUCCGUGCUUGGCUGCUCCCUGGCCCUCCACUCACCACUUCCUACAGAUCCAUCUGCUGUCCAACUGUCAGCCUAUGUGAAAUAGCCUUUCACCUGUGCCCUCACAGACGGCAGCUUCCGAUGGACACCUCCAGCUUCCAAUUUCAAUUGCCAUUUCUCCAAUUUGCUAUUCUCUGCUUUCAAACACUCAGUGAUCCCCUGCCCAUGAAACUCUUAUGGUUUUCACGGGGUACAAGGCCCAUGGCAAGUGUCCACAGCUGACCUCUACAUGUGGGGACCUUUCUGUCUUUACUCCUGCUCUUUCUACCAGGGAUGUUCACCUUAAGUCAUUCCCCCAGCACUUAGCUACCACUGGAAAUGCUGAGACAGUGUGUGCGAGCUUUCCUGGAAGACUGGGGUUCCCUUUCCUGCUCCCAUCACAGCUACUGGUCCAUUCCCUGCAUGUGUUUUUCCACUGUCUUGUGAAGUCACAUCAAUGCCCCCCACGCCCCUCCCCACACACAUUCUCUUGCUGAACAGAAGUCCCCUGAGAGCAGGGACAAUGCUAACUCAUCUCUGUAUGCCCAGUGUCUCCUGAUAUCUGAGCACAAUGGUGACACUUGUUCUAGUGUCAGUGACAACUCAGUAAGUGGCAGGAGACACCGGAUGCUCAGCUUUGCACAUAAAGUGUCUCAUCAACAAGAUGGUAACAGGUCCGAAUCAUUUCUUAUUCCAACACAUGUGAGUAUGUCAGCUAUCCGCACACCCACAACUCCUUUAGAUAAUGACAGGGCUGCAGACACAGCUCACUCAAAUCUUGAUGUUUUGCCCUAUGAACAACCCAGGCUAGAGCCUGGCCUCCACCACAUUGAAGGAAGCUUCGGUGCUGUGAUCUCUCUCUCUCUCUCUCUGCUUCUGUUUCUAUUUAAACAAACAAACCAGCACUUGACAGUGGCCUGGGGAGAUAGCUCAGCCUUAGUGCUUCCAUGCCAGAGACCACAGAGUUCCCACGUUCAAUAAGUAAUUUCUUUAUUGCCCCCAGAGUUAUUGCUGGGGCUUGCUCAGUGCAUGCGGGAUAAAUUUACUGCUCCCUGUAGCAAUUUUUUCCUUCUCUUCCUCUUUUUUUUUUUUUUGAUAACAACAGAGAAAUUGAGAGGAGAUAAAGAGGGAGAGAAACUGAGAUCACUGCAGCAAUGUUUUUACCAGUUGUGAAGCUGCCUCCCUACUAGUGGGGACUGGGAGGGGGGCUUGAACCCAGGUCCUUGCUCUUAGUUAAGUAUGCACUUUACUGGGGGUGCCACUGCCCGGCCUCCAGUAAAUACUUUUUAAUUGACUGAAAGCCAAUAAAUAGGGCUAGCCAUCGACACCUUCUGGAAACCAGUUCAUUUUUCUAUUACAUCACUUUGGAAAUAAAAUUUAAGAGCUAUGUAUAUCAGCAAAAGACACAGCAACAUGGCAAGGCUUAACUCGCGGUAUUAUCUGUAUUCCCUAGCGAGUUAAGAGCCUCCUAGUACAAAGUUGUUACCACAGAGCUCGUUAUAUAUAUUAUGGGUGCUUGGAAAACUAGUCAGUGGAGCAGUCCAUGAAAACUGGAUUUUACCUUGAGUCCAUUUAAGUCUAGAAUAAAGAUCACCAUUCUCUGUGUUCCAGGAAAUUAUAUUAGCUCUAUGUUUCUCUCAGCUCAUUAGACUGAGCUGAUCAUUGUGACUUUUAUUUGGAAUAAAAUAAAAGAAUAGUAAUCAGAGGUAGACUUGGGCUUGGCUGAAUUUGAGUUUGAGCCCAGCUCUAUACAUUUGCAUUUCUCUUACCCUAAGUGAGUCCCACCAACUCACCGAGUCCCACUUUCUUCAGUCAUAAAAUGGGCUAUGCUAUCUCUUCUCUCAUGAAAGUUAGACUUCACAUGCCACAGGAGUCAUCAUGUGUCAAUUAUGGCCAUGUCACCUAUUUAAAAUUAAACACUUAAUGAAAAGAUAUUUCUUAGAAAUUUUGCAUCUGAGAAUCACCUUAUAAUUCUUACAGGGCAUAAAAUUACCGGUUAGCAUUAUUUAUAGUUAUCUUUGAGAUAAAAAGUUAUUAUAACGUGUGUGCAUGGACACACACACACAUACACACCCCCACACUUUCCUAUGGGGACAUAAUCAGGACAUUCUGCAGGGAAUGAAACAGUUGACAUUAAAAGUCAGCACUCUGCAAUUGUCACUGUUAUUAUCUGCCAGAGACUCUGCAUAAUACAUUUUAAGCCACCAAGGUUGCCUGCCAGCCUCAUGUGGAAAUGUUUGAAUUUUAUGGUGCUUCAAUUUUUAAUGAUUCAUAGGGGAAAAUGUGAAACAUGUCGAAUAAAUUGCAUCCCUCUCUCUAACCUAGGGUUGUAAAGUUAAAGACUUUCAGCAUGUAACAUUUGCAAGAGGCUUGGUUUGCUAGACACUUAAAUCUUUGUUGUAUCAGGAUUUACAGUAUCGUUUACUAUCUAUAAAAUGUUGUCCUGACCUCCAAAA